UCCUAGUCCAGUGUGCCUGUAGCCGUGGCGGAGGGAGGUUGUUCGUUCCUGGCCGAGCCGCAGCCCCUCCCGGUGGUUCCCUAUUGACACUCCCCUUCCUCCCCCUGUCUCCUCCGCGACUUGAAGAUCACCACAGGAAGAAAGAGCAAAGACAUUGAGAGUUUUUCGCUAAGUGACGGAAUUACGUUGGAAGAGAGAGAUGAGUUUUAAAGUUUUUUUGUGGUUUCCAAAUACAAAUAUGUGGCGGAUGACCGAGAGGAAUUUAGGGGGAAAGUAGAAAGGUUUAUGAUCUCUUUGGCCUGGAAGGGAGGCGAGGCAGCGUAGUAGGUAUUGCUACACUAGAGGCACUGCAAUGUGGGCUUUGUAUCGAUCUCGUAGCAAGUUCCGUCAUGACCUGACUUGAGCUACAAAUGGAAAACACGAAAGCUGCAGGAUCUGAUCUUUUUCAUACCUACUUUUCGACUUAACUUGUCUUUACCUGAAUGACUUCUGACUACACAUCAUUUUACUGAAUGCAUUGGAUUGAUCAGUCGAAGUGACAGACAGCACUGCACGAUGGUCCGGGGGGCGAGGAGGCGUCACCAAGCUGCAGGUGGGACCUCACGGGAAACAGCGGUAGAAUUCUCACGGGCACACAGGCCGCGUUGCGCGAGUUAUGUCGUGAAUUACCUGAAGGCAGACGAGUGACUGGUGAGGGUCACGACACACCUGCAAAACAGACUAAUAAAACACAAAUGGAACACUCGCACGCCGUCUUACUCCACCUACACAUGCCACCACGCCGCCACGGUAUGUAGGUCGUAACUCCUGCGCGCCCCGACGCCCUCACACCACCCGCAGCUGCCUCCGAGGGGGGCAAUGGAACAACACAGCCUGAUCCGCCAUGAGGACGCGGUCAGUGCAGCUGGUGACGUCCUGGUGGGUGGUGUGCGUGUGGGCCGCCGUCAGCCUCGCCACAGGGCUGGUCAGCGUGGUGGCCGUCUUGCAGCCUGCCUGGUAUGUGCGGUACUCGCAAAUCCACGCCCAGGAUGUGCAGGGCGUGGCCUUCCAGGUGAUGGUGUCCUCCGUGGGGCCCUUAGGGUUCUGUCGCCUGGAAGGAGUCAAGCAGGUGACCGUAGCCGAGGAAGACAGACGCCGUGUCGACAUCGGGCCCCCCACAGCCUCUGUAUCCAAUACGCCGCCAACACUCCCAACACUCAGCACCUCACCACUCCAGCCCUCCACUACAGCUGCCACCGAGCAGCCGCUGGAAACACCGCGCCUGGAGCCAUCCACUCCUCCACCGCCCACGGACGUUACGAGGGACCCACUGACCCAGGAGGUGUCCCCGCCCACCACACUAUUCCCUGAGACGGAUCCCUCGCCGCCCGCAAGCCAGGGUGUGGGCAGCAGCUCCGGUGUCGCCGCUAAUGGAGGGAGCCCAUUAGAAGCGAUGAACGCGACCACCGUCACGGCUGCCAAUAACAGUGAUGCCGCCGAGACAAACACGUCGGAUGAAAUUCUUCUCACAACAGCGGAAAGUUUCAGCGGUGACAGUCACUCGGAGGCCGAACACAAAAACUUUAAAACAAAAGAAUCCAAAAGCACCACUGAAAUUCCUGAAACGCCCAAAGAGGAAAACAACGCGCUGGGAAUUGAAGUAGCUAACCCCAGUGCAGGGGAGGAGCAGGAGGGCAGUGGUGGUGGUGGUGAUAGUAGAGGUGGUGGUGGUGGUGGUGAGAGUAAAGGUGGUGGUGGUGGUGGUGGUGGUGGUGGUGGUGUCGGUGGUGGUGUUCUCGGUGGUGGUGGUGGUGGUGUUGGUACUGGUGGUGGUGGUGGCAGGCGCGGCAGGAAGGGGGGAGGAAGAAUUGCACGGCCUGGCACUCACGGUGGUGCCAGGGGGGCUGUAGGCCGAGGGAACACCACUGCAGUCACUAGAGGCAGGAGGAAGAAGGGCAAGCAUAGAAGAAGGAAGAAAAAGUACAACAGGAAACGACCAAAACUAGAAGGAGGAAGGACCCCCGGCAGGAGUCGCAGGCCACCCAGACCAGACCUCCCUCUGCACCACCUGCUGCGCUCCAGUCUGCAGGACCGCCACGCCCCAAUGGCCAGCCCCCUGCACCAUUUCCCGCGCCAAGAGGCACUCACUAGUACAGACUAUCGCCCUCGCCAGCCUAUUUUAUCCUGCUCUGGCGUGGGUGGGGGCGUGGGUUCAGGCUCCUCUGCAGUGUGGGCGUUGGUGGGCGUGCUGUACGGCGUGGCUGGGGUGGUGCAGGCCGUAGUGGGCGUGGCGUCCCUAGCCAUGCAUCUCCCACACGCACACUCCCGCAGGUUCACUCUCGCGGCCUGGCUUGGCAACGCUCAAGUGGUUAUUGUCAUGUCCCAGGGCGUGGCUCUCGUCCUCUUCCCGCUUGGGCUCGGAUCACCGCUGGCAAGAGGUGAGUGUGGCGGCUCCUCCUCCGUCUACUGGCCAGGAGAGUGUACAUUUGGAUGGUCAUACAUGCUCGGAGUUGUGGCCACUACCCUCGCCGCUUACUGCCCUUGCCUGGCACGACUCACAGUCUUCAGGAAAUACGACUACAAGGAGUGGGACAGCAUCAAUUUCUUUUGAUGGACGCGUGUCGUGUUGGAUCAGAUAACCUUGUAAUCGUGAGGGCGUGGUGACGAGUGACGCUGACACCGGUGAACAGGAAUGCUGUGGUGACGGUGAUCAAGUCUGGCUUUUGAACACUUAAGGCCAAAGGGGUGAUCAGUUGCGUUCUGGCGAUGUUCUUUGCUUUCUUUAAUGGUACACUGUUGAAUUUUCAUUCUAACCAUGAAAAUAGUCCAGGAAACUCUACGAAUUCCCACUAACGCCUUAAAAGUAGUGGAAAUAAGCGGGCGGUGGAGGAUAUGGAGUUAAGAUGUGAGUGAGUUGAUACCCGUACACUGCCACACUCGUUUGCAAAGCUAAUAAGCGGAAGUGAUAUUUUUAUCUUCGUUGAUAAAAAUCUCACUCGAGUUUCAUUCUUGUCAAAAGACAGAUAAUUACUCAAUACAUAUG